UUGCAACAUUCCGCCGCCCCUCCACUCCCGGACAGCUCCACAGCGUGCUUUGUAUUGCUGCGGACAGUUGACUAGUCGAGCGCUACGGUUUCAGGCCACAGCAGAAGCAAGGAGCACCCAAGUCGCCGGCACAAGCAGCUUGAUCUAGAGAUGGCACCAAAAUAUAAGUUAACUUACUUCCCUAUAAUGGCUCUGGGUGAGCCAAUUCGUUUUCUUCUAUCAUAUGGCAAAGCUGAAUUUGAAGAUGAAAGAUGUGAGAGCGAAAAAUGGCCAUCUGUCAAAGAAUCAAUGCCCUUCGGGCAGGUUCCAGUUCUUGAAAUUGAUGGGAAGAGGACAUGGCAGUCUCUUGCUAUAUGCCGUUACUUAGGCAAGCAGAUGGGCUUGGCUGGUGCUAAUGAUUGGGAAGAUCUCCAGAUUGAUAUGGCUAUUGAUACAGUAACAGACCUAAGACUGAAAAUAGCAAAUUAUUCAUAUGAGACUGAUGAAGCUGUGAAGGAGAAGAAAAAAGAACCCCUCUUCAAUGAAACUCUACCAUUUUUAUUGCCAAGACUUGAUAAUCUGGUGAAGGAAAAUGGAGGUUAUCUGGCAAAUGGCAAGCUCUCAUGGGCAGAUCUGUAUUUCAUAGCUAUAUUGGACUACCUGAACUUUAUGGUUGGAUUUGAUCUAACAAAAGAUUAUCCAAACCUUGCUGCACUCAAGAAUAAAGUACAUGAAAUACCGGCUAUUAAAGAGUGGGUUGACAAGAGACCAAAAUCCGACAUGUGAAUUCAGUCGGUUUUAUUUAAAAGAUAUCUGUUCCUUGUUUAUAAUACUGAAUUAUUUGUUCAUUAAAUUUUUCUAGAAUGUCUUAUUAAAACUGUGAUAAACACUUUUGUAUUUGCAAAAAAAGUACAGUAAAGUUUCUUAUUAAAUUGAA